UCUGAUAAAACAUCGGAGCGUCGCUGAGCUUCGAGGCCUCAAACACAGCUGGCAGCUUUAAUUUCAGUUCUAUCCUACGGAUCUACGAAAAAUAAAAAAUAAACUAAAUGUAACUCUSUUGAAAGGAAAACAGUAUUAAUAGUUCAACCCAUUUUGAACUAUCCGAUCUGAUCUCACGCUGAGACCGUUCAGACUGUAGGAAUGAAGCGGAAGUGUUUCGGUUUCCGAGGUGACGCUUGUGUCGCCAAAUGUGACACUUCCUGUUUCUUCCAGUAUGACACAGUGUGGGUUGCGCGUUGCAUUGUGGGGGUAAAAUAUAGCACAUAGAAGACAACGGGGACCACAAAGGAAUGAAAACAGCACCUCGGUAACUUUUAGGACCUGUUUAUGGGAAUGUGACUCCGUCAGAGCGGYAUUCAAACGGUGAGCCGGGGCGGCAGGCAACUGCCUCAGAGGAGCGGGGAAUGUGAGCGGGUGAAGCGGCGCAGCUGCAGCAGGGCGCACCGCUGUCUCCGACUGCUUUUUGUCAGCUGAGCCAUCAGCAUCCAGAGGCCCCGGCUGUUUUCCCAGGCCUCCCGCCCAAAGGACACAUUUCCUUUAUACAGUAAGGAGGACUCCACCAUGGGGGUGAAAACCUUCACCCACAGCUCAACCUCCCACAGCCAGGAGAUGCUUGACAAGCUGAAUGCCUUGCGCAACGAGGGUCACCUCUGUGAUGUUACCAUCCGGGUCCAGGACAAGCUCUUCCUAGCACACAAGGUGGUCUUGGCAUGCUGCAGUGAAUUCUUCCGCUCCAAACUUGUGGGCCGGCCAGAAGACGAGGAAAAGUUUGUGUUGGACCUCCAUCACGUGACGAUUAGUGGCUUUGCUCCACUUCUGGAAUAUGCCUACACCUCUACUCUUUCCAUCAGCACAGAGAACAUCAUCGACGUCCUGGCAGCAGCCAGCUACAUGCAGAUGUUUGCCGUGGCUAGCACAUGUUCCGAGUUCAUGAAGUCCAGCAUCCUGUGGAGUCCAGCGAACAACAGCAGCAGCGGAAGUAACAUGGCGGUGGAUAAGGCGCACGAAGCGGCACCUGAGAGCGCUUCAUCACACUGUGCCCUGACACCGCUGGAUGGCAGUGUGUCCCCUGUGUCGUCCGACUGCAGCGUGAUGGAGAGGAAUGUUCCCAUCUGCCGGGAAUCCCGACGAAAACGGAAAAGUUUUGUGACAAUGGCGUCGCCAGAGAGCCCGCUCAAAUGCACUACACAGAUGGUCAACACCUCCCCUCAGAUCCCCAACCCGUCACCCUCAUUUUCGGAUGGCCCGGCCCAGCCGAUGGAGUCUUCCCUGGCUUUUCCCUGGACGUUCCCCUUCGGCAUCGACCGGAGGUUUCACUCGGACAAAUCUAAGCURACGGAGAGCCCCCGCUGUUUGGAGGCAGGUGUCCCCGGGACCUCGGAGGGCGUGGUUGCCCGCCGGCUCAGCGACUUCCUGACGUGCGAGAGCUCCAAGGUGGUGUCAUCGCCGGUUGCUACAGAGGAGGAGGACGUGAGGGUGAAGGUAGAGCGACUCAGUGAUGAGGAGGUUCAGGAGGCAUCGUCCCAACCUGUCAGCGCCUCUCAGAGCUCCAUGAGCGACCAGCAGACGGUGCCAGGGAGCGAGCAGGUCCAGGAAGAGCUUCUUAUCAGCCCACAGUCCUCUUCUAUAGGAUCAAUGGAUGAAGGUGUGUCAGAAAGCCUGCCUUCCAUGCAGAGCACCUCUAACGCUGGAGGACACGCAGAGGAUGAUGAGAGGCUGGAAGGUAUUCAGUAUCCAUACCACCUCUAUAUAAGCCCAUCGGCUCGACCUGGCACCAAUGGCCCAGACCGGCCUUUUCAAUGCCCAACCUGUGGAGUCAGAUUCACACGCAUUCAAAACCUGAAACAGCAUAUGCUCAUACACUCCGGCAUUAAACCUUUCCAGUGUGAUCGCUGUGGGAAAAAGUUCACACGGGCCUACUCCCUAAAGAUGCAUCGGCUGAAGCACGAAGGUAAACGCUGUUUCCGGUGCCAGAUUUGUAGCGCCACAUUCACGUCCUUCGGUGAAUAUAAGCACCACAUGAGGGUCUCCCGACACAUAAUCCGCAAGCCGCGGAUUUAUGAGUGCAAAACAUGCGGCGCCAUGUUCACCAACUCUGGCAAUUUAAUUGUACACCUGAGGAGUCUGAACCAUGAGGCAUCCGAGCUAGCAAACUACUUCCAGAGCAGUGAUUUCCUCGUGCCCGACUACCUGAGYCAAGUACAGGAGGAGGAGGAGGCACUGGGGGUUCCGUAUGAGCUGGAGGAGUCCCAACAUCACCCAGUUUACCUGGGCAGCACCUCCAAUGUCGCCGCCACCACCACUGCCUCGUCCUCUUCUUCAGUCCAAAUGCCAGUCAUCUCCCAGGUCUCCUCUUCCACACAGAACUGUGAAGGUUCCUCCGGCUUACUUUCGCCCGAGCCCCUGGGCCCCCUGGAAGCCCCAACCUCCAAUAAGAUGGACACCGAUGAAACGGCAGUCAUGACGGAGAAUAAGAUGAGUGACGGUGUCAGGGGCAGUUCCCCAGAGGAGUUUGGAGAGGAGCAACCUAAGGAGGUGGCUUCCAUUACCAUAGAGUGAUCCAAGUCUUCUUCCUGCCCCUGAUGUUGUAUUUUGCACUCAGGUUAUAUGGGAAUAUAAGUCAAAAUGAUCUGAAGACUGAAAGAACUCGGAGAUCCACACAUGCAGCCCUUAUCACGUGGAACCAUGGAAACGCUACAGAGUUUUUAAAAGAUGCUGUUGAUUUGAUGGCAUCGUUUUACAUGCAGAAACUGCAGCACUUCUUCAGAUUUACACUAGUUCAUUGGCUGAAGAAUCCGGAUSCCCCAGCCUUCUUGCUCCCUGAAAGCCAGCAGUAUUUUAGCAGUUUUAACAAGCCUGUCUUGUCUCCCAUAUGACUUGAAUGCAGCGCUGUCUCAAGUCAGUGAAGUGUCAGCCAAUUGGAGGUCUGUCCGAUCCAAGCCUUGCUCUACUUUUAGAAAGUGCCUGAGAGUUCACACUUUAGCAAAGUCACAUAGGAGAAAUGAAGUGACAAAUCAAGUCUUUGCAAACUGAGCUAAAAUAGUCCUUGUAUUACAUUUGUAAUAGUAAUGCUAGUUUGUAUGGGCAGAAACUGUGUUACUCAUUUGGUGCCGUUGCUAUUGGCAAAUAUUACAUGUUAAUAUUAAUCUAUCCUGCAAUAGCUUGUACUGUACUUCUAUAUGAAUGCUGUGUAUGUUGAGUGUUGUUCUAUGAUGUGUAAGAUGUGUGUGUAUGUGCAUUUCUAUGACCAGUAUGAACACAGUGCAUUUCCUUUUUUAAAAGUUUCAAACUUGAACUGUAUUGACAAAGUAUUCCCUAAAGUUAUCUGUGCAGUGGAAACACUUUUCUGACUGGUUCCACAGUUUGAUUUGUCAGUGAACACUAUUGUGAAAUCCAACUCUGGUUCUACUCAAAAGCAAAAUUCUCUGUUUCUACAUCAGUUUGCAAAAGUGUUUUUGCCCCUUAAGUCCAGGGUCAAACAAAAGAUGGACAGUUUAAGGUUACUUCAUGGUGUUGUGUGGGAUUUUCAUCCUGAUAUUCACAUGGAUAAUUAGAACCUAAUGUCUGUGAUCUGAUCAAAUUGGUUUUAUUGUGAAGGAACAGCAACAACUCCUAUGACUUUUAGAAUAACAGAAUAUGGACAUUUUAUCUGUAACAUUCAUUCAGUGUCAGUUUCAUUUUGAUCCGUUGAAAGCAGCAUGAUGAACAUGUUAGCUAGCUUUUGCUAGCCUUUGUGCACUUAUUGAUCCCAGUAACGAGCUCAUACCUAUUUCCAGCUGCAGGUAUUUAUCACAAAGUUCAUCCUAAAUAUGUAAUCACUUACUAUUUUACCCCAACUGAAGCUCAGACACUUUUUUGUCAUUGUUGUUUGCAGUUGCUUGAUUAUCAGUUUUGUUUAUUUUACUUUAAGCAGAGACAAAAAAACGUUUCCAGUAGCUCAAUUUCACAGUUGCACGUCUCUGUGCUCUUUGACAUUUUAAAUUUCUGCAUUUAUGGAUUUUUUUCUCUCAAAAAUGAUCCACUUUCUGUGUGAUGAGCUGAUGACUCACCAUGCAGCAGUUAACAAGUUAUCUAUUAAUAGUCCAACUAUAAGUACAUGUGGUUUUGAGGCUGUUUUUGGUUUGGRUGAGGGCUGAAAAAUGAAUUUUUCAUAAGCUUAAACUGGUCCAAUGUGAAAUCUUCAGAAAUUACUGUUAUAUGUAAAUUCAUAAGUUAGAUUUGAAGAUUUCUAUGAUCAGAAAUUUCUUCAAAUCACUGAAGACAGGUAACUAGCAAGAUGCAAAGAUAAACUAAUACACAAUGAUUACAUUUGUAAGAAAAUGUUGAUUCAUGGGAAAGAAAUGAAUGUUGGGAAGGAUAAAGUGGCACUGGUCAAGAAUCUCAUUUUAGACACAUUAUUAGGAACACCUUUGUGGUUGUGCAAUCAAAUAUUGCCUCCAAGUUCAAGUAGACUAUUUCAACAUCAGUCAUCUAUUUACAAUAUGGAAAAAGAGAAGAUGUCUUCAUUUCCUUCUUGUAGUUUGAGGCUUUUGUGGGAAAUUAACUGGAAUAUGUAGGAUUCAUUUUUGUCAUUGUAGCUGUUAGGAUUUACUGUAAGCAAGAAGUGAUCAGAGCUUAACUCACCAAGACUGAGAAAUAUUGUGGUGACGUUGCUUUAGGAAUAGAGAAGCACUGAGCGGAUGAAUGUCUCUUAUUUGAUGUGCAGUUUGACUAAAAAGUCAGAUUUCAACUCUGUGAAACAAAUUGUUCCUAUUUGUCUUUUUUCUGUAAGAACAGCAUUUAGAAUCUUGUUUUACUCCAAGUCCUGCUGUAAACGGCCAUGGUUUUUUCUUUAUUUUACCUAGAAGAGCUGAUGUCUCUGUGAGGGAGAGCUGUCACUGUUUAGCUAUUUAAUUUGACAACAGRGUGAUUAUUSAUUUUUAAAUGACUUUAGGAUYUUAAAUUAGCAAUUAGACUGGCUUGAGCACUUGGCAUCGUUAAAAUAGAACAGACCCAACACUGACUGAAAUUAUAAAAAGGGUUCAAAUAUUUCAAUUGAGUAUGUUCCAUAUAAUAUAGUUAAGAGUGUCAAAUUACAGUAUAUACAUAACUUAUGAAAUAAUUUAAAUCUGUCAUUAAUUUAAUAAAACUGGAAAUACAUGCCUAUAUAAUUAAAUAUGAAUGAAUUCAAUGGGCUUAAAUUUAAUUUGGUUGAAGAUAUUUCAGCACUUUCCAGCAGAGAUAUUGACCUCACAGUCCUACAGUCCUGAUCAAAAUCUUAAGACCAGUUAAAAAACUGCAAGAAUUUGCAUUUUGCACUAUUGGAUCUGAAGAAGGUUCUAAGUACAAUGUUAAAAGAAGAAAUCAGCGCAAGAGACAAAAACGUUUGAGCAGGGAAUUAAUUAAAAACUGCAUUUACACACAAACAUGAUUUUUUUCAGCUGAUCAAAAGUUUUAGACCAUAGUCUAUAAAAGCCAAAAKCUGUGCAAAAAUCUGGAUUCCAUGUCAUUUUCUGUCAAGUCUUUAACAUGUCAGGACCUGAUGGCAAAAGCAAAAAAGCUCCCUGACUUUGAACCUGGUAGGAUUGUUGAACUGCAUAAGCAAAGCCUCUCACAACGUGCCAUCGCUGCUGAGGUUGGAGGCAGAAAGAGUCAUUUUGCAUUUUUUAAAUGAUCCUGAGGGUUAUGGAACAAAAAGGUCAAGUGGUAGACCCAAAAAAAUGUCACCAGCUCUGAGCCGCAGGAUCUGAUUGGCUGUCCGUCAAGAAACAGGACGAUCCUCUACCCAAAUGAAGGCCAUUACUGCUGACUGCAGCCCAAUAACCAUCAGACGGCAUCUGGAGAGAGAGAGAGAGAGAGAGAGAGAAGGGCUUCAGAAACAAAAAACGUCUUCAAAGGCCAUGUCGUCUUCAACGCCAUAAAAUUUCCCGUUUGCACUUUGCAAGAGUUCACCAAACAUGGGACAUUGAAAGGUGGAAGAAAGUUGUCUUCUCUGAUGAGAACAAAUGUGACCUUGAUGGUCCUGAUGGCUUCCAACGUUACUGGCAUGACAAGGAGAUCCCACCUGAGAUGAUUUCUACACGGCACAGUGGGGGGGGCAUCAUGAUCUGGGGUCCGUUUUCCUUCAAUGGAACAAUGGAGCGUCAAACAGCAGCUGGCUAUGUGGAGAUGUUGCAGCGGGAAUCCUUCAUGACUGAGGGCCUGUGAGGUAAUGACUGGGUUUUUCAACAGGACAAUGCUGCAGUUCACAGUGCUGCAGUUCACAGUGCUGCAGUUCACAGUGCUGCAGUUCACAGUGCCCGCCUGUCAAAGGAGUUCUUCAUCACUCUUUUGGACCAUCCAUGUUCCCCAGAUCUAAACCCAACUGAGAACAUUUGGGGACGGAUGGAAAGGGAAGUUUAAACAUCAGUUCCAGACAGUGAAGCUGUUCGUGAAGCAUCUUCAGCACUUGGAGCAACGUUCCCUCUGGCCUCCUGGACACACUGGCAUCAAGCCUUGACCAUUGUUGGACGUCAUCAAGAUGGUGGAGCUGCUCAUUACUGAGUCCUUUUUUUUUUGACACUUUGAUUUCUGUUUUGCGGGGUUUUGGGUUUUUGAGCUAUGGUCUUAAACUUUGGAUCAGCUGAAAAAAUCAUGUUUGUGUGUAAAUGCAGUUUUUAAUUAAUUCCCUGCUCAAACGUUUUUGUCUCUUGCGCUGAUUUCUUCUUUUAACAUUGUACUUAGAACCUUCUUCAGAUCCAAUAGUGCAAAAUGCAAAUUMUUGCAGUUUUUUAACUGGUCUUAAGAUUUUGAUCAGGACUGUUUCGGUAAAAUAGAAGAAGGUCUUAAUUUGUUGCUUGAAGCAGCCAAUCAGACGUCAGGAUCUCCAAUGAAUUCAAAUGAAGUUUGUUUCUUUAGGGUCCUCAUUAUCCUUUGCUGUAACGAUGGCUGGCCUUCCUGGGGUCCACAUGAUUAAAAAAA